UCAUUUAGCGUACACGAUAUUGUUACAGACCAUCUAUAAAAAUAAGGGUGAAAGUGGCGUAAGUCUUUCAAAUGGGUAGCGGACAAAGCAAACUGUCAUACUUGUCCAACAAAAGGAAAAGAGUUGAGAAGGGACAGCCAUGUUUCAAGCGGCUACAAGAUCUGAAGGAAGAAGAGACCCAACAAUUUCAUGAUGGCUGUAUUUCUCCACAUUUUGGAAAAAGCGGGCUGGCUUUCUAUGCACCAUUAAAUGAAAAUGGUUUGAGUGGCGACAAUAAACGACGUGGAUUUGAAGAUAAACCAAAACUGUCUAGUGAAAAGCAUAUGAAAGCUGCAUUGUCUGACUCACUCAGAUCAAAAGAAAGGGAAAUUCUUGUCGAAGAAAUUGUUGAACAAAAUUUGCAAGAAAAAUGUCGGAAAGCAAGACUGGCAGAAGAAAAACGCCUGCUUGUGAUCAGUAGAAAAGAAAAGAAAGAAGAAAUAAGGGAGAAAAACGAAGCAAAGAUGAAAAAGAUGGAAGAAAGAAUGGAAGAAGUUCAAAACAGACUUCGCCCACCAAACUCAAAAGUCCGAUCAUUCCAUAAUGAAAAUUCUAAAGUAAAUUUUCAAAAACUGGAAAUGUUUGACCUUUAGCAAUUAUGUUGCAAUAAAAAAAAACACAUAGAUUUUCUAUAUCGAAAUACAUUUUUAAAGUGUGCAUUGUUACGUUACGAGAUAUCUUUCACAACAACGUCGGAUGUAAAUUUUCUGAUUAUUUUUUAAUUUUCUAAAGAUGAACAUCGCGAUAUUAAAUUGCUUUUGUUGUUGUU